CUCAUUGUACUCCCAUCGCCACAAGGCGGGGAGGGUCGCGUCCAGCCAUCUCAUGUGAGCAUCGGUGACUCAUGCAUUGGAGUGUCAUCCUCGAUCAGGGCAUGGCUAAGCUUCGGGAUGCAGCGAAAACUUCAACCACGUGAAUGGCAGAUACCUACGUUCGCUUCAUUCGCGGCCUGGCCUACGUUUAUACUUUCCUUGAUAUCCCAUCUUUCCCCGGAGAUCUCUAUUCCAUGGCGGACGUGUCGUGGCAUGGACGAGCUGCAGCGUUGUGACGGGCAGCAGAAUCGCCUCAUUCCCUGCAGUCUUUACUAGUACGAACUUGUUUCCAUUUCCUCAACGCCCCGUAAAAGUGCCAAUGUUGACAUCGAGGGAAACGAUCCGCCCUGGAGACCUUAGUGCACUUGCGACGCCGGAGGCCAGCCGGAAGCAGAAGGAGUUGCUGAUUCGGGAUGGGAAGGAGCGCCACUAUUUCUUCAACGACCACGCUUUCCACAUCCGCCUUCCGCACCAGCACCUUUUGUCUUCGCUGUACCCGAGAUCACUGGCUCAUCUUGCUCCUCAGACUCAUCACUGCAUAUGGCAUCGGAGCCUCGCCGCGGCUUCUGGAAUAGGUUCACCAAAGGAAGCCGCCGGAACAGUGUCACGUUGGAGAGCCCGGGCAUCCGCUGGAAGGUAUAUGCUAGAAUUCGCGAGUCGGAGAGCUAACGUGUAUGCCUGCUUCUCUCAUUUCACCUGGAAUCAUGAAAUCGCUGGGCCUAUGCAACUUACCUCUCCUUCUUCAAAGAGCAGAUCGCCAAGUGGGGAGUGAGCACGACAACUAGGCACAUCAAGGUUAUAAUCCUUCUGAUGAAAGAAGUAUCUGGGUCCCCUGUUGAGCAAGUAGAUAGUGUAAAUCUGGGUCCAACAGGUAGACAAUCCAUCUCCAAAACAAAUCCAAGUCCUCUAAUUAUCCAUAGGCUCUGUGAAAUCCUAGCUUCGCCAUCUCAGGACCCUACAUUUGUGUUGAAACACAUGCAUGGCAUAAGUGGCCAUCCACACCCUUCCGAACUGCAGAACCCCCCGGAUCAGCCCUCGCAGUCUCUCUUACACUGAUUGAUACUCACUGCGGUGGUGGCCUACUCGUCGAUCC